AUGAGUUUCUGUAUGCGUGAGCAUGGCGAUUGCUCGCUGUUCCCCGAAAAAGCAUAUCCUGUUUGCGAGGAGAAUUGGGUGAAACUCAAGAAUGAAUGGAAGCGUGUUAAGGAAGCGUGCAAGGAAGAUUACGAGGCCCAAAGGUUCCAAUACAUAUGCCGUUAUGUUCUCUUGCACAGAAUACAUCGAUCCACUGGUCUUGAACUGGUUACAAAAGUGAACGCUUCUUUGCGCGACAUUUUUCCGGAUUUCCUGUAUUGGCUUUGUGCUUGCUAUUUCAUCGAUUUAAAGAAAUAUGACGAAGACGAAAGCCAACGAGUUCAAGUUAAGCUUGCUGCUGUGAACGGAAUUUUGGCAUUGAAAAGCCUCCAAUACGAUUUGGAUCCGCCAGAUCAUACCGCCGUCGCCACCGUGCCAAAAUACACCGAGCGAGGAGGUAAUAUGGCGUCGACGUCUGAAAUGAGUGCUGGCACAAAUUCGGGAAAACCUUCUCGAUUCACAAUGUCCGAGAGAAAUCUUGGAUUAAUGAUGGAAAUUAUUCGAAAGGAUCCGGAAUCCUAUAAGGAGGAAUUUAUGGAACAAUUCAAUCAUUUUGUUCAAACAAUGAAACUGCUUCAUAUGCAGCCGGAGCAGCAUAAAAUGGAGCUUCAGCCACUUCUUGAGUCGGUUAUGUUUCUUUCCGGUCUCGCCAAACAUUUUCCGUCCGAAUCGAAAGAAUUUUCGGCGAGUUUGUUCGCGAUUCUCCGCGAGCAGGGCGCUGGCCUCGAUCCGGACGUUCGAAUGGCGUUUUGCAAGGCUCUUGUGCUUCUCAGAAAUCAGGAAUUGAUCAAUCAAGUCGAGCUGAUAGAAGUGUUCAUUGAAUUAAUUAAAGUCGAAGAUAAACAUUUGAGAAAAUUUGUUCUUUCCUCGAUCAGUUCGCACUUGAAACGAAUUUAUAAUAAAAAGAAGGACGUUAAAAUGUUGGGCAAAAUUCAGAAUUUGGUGUUUGCCAAAAUGAAGGAUUCACGAUCGAUUGUCGCAAGAGCUGCCCAAUUGGUGUGCAUUGACGCUUUCCGAAAGAAAUUUUGGCGAGACGCUCGAACGGCGAAUGUCAUCUCGGAAGCGUGUUUCCAUAAAGUGCCAAAGAUUCAGGUAACCUCAAUGAAAUUCUUUUUGGGUUCCGAGAACGACAACGAAGAUUCGGAUGAUGAUUUGGAUUCGGAUAACGAGGAGAACGCGAAGACGGUGAAAGAAGUGAUGACAUCAUUUCGGCACGUUAAAAAAACGAGAAAACGCGCAAAAAAUCUGGAAAGAACGAAAAAAAUGAUAAGCAAAAAGAAGAAACAGAAGAAAGAGGGAAGAAGCAAAGAAUGCAACUUGAUGGCAAUCCAAUCGAUUUAUGAUCCGCAAGAGUUUGCUGAUCGAUUAUUUGGAAUGCUCGAAUCGAAGAAAGUUGAUAAGUUUGAGGUUCGACUUUUGCGCAUCGCAUUGUGUGCCAGAAUUAUUGGAAUUCAUCGACUUCAUACGCUUUCGUUCUAUUCAUAUUUGCACAGAUAUUUGGCGCCGAAACAACGAGAUGUUACCCGAAUUCUUCUGUAUGCUGCUCAAGCUUGUCAUGAAAUGGUUCCGCCGGAUACUGUUGAGCAGCUUGUUCGCGUGAUUGCUAAUAAUUUUGUGACUGACAGAAAUUCUCCGGAAGCUAUGACUGUUGGAAUAAAUGCCAUUCGUGAGAUUUUUGCGAAUUGUCCGUUUGCAGCCACUGAAGAGCUUCUUCGCGAUUUGGCGGAGUACAAGACAUAUAAAAACAAGAAUGUCUCGAUGGCGGCUAGAUCGCUUAUCACACUAUUCCGUGCGGUAAAUCCAAAACUUUUGGCGCGAAAAGAUCGCGGAAAACCGCAAGAAAAGGAUGAGGAGGACAAAGAAUAUACUGGAUUUGCGAAGCCCGUUGUUCAUGAUUUUGUGGUUGGCGCCGAGAUUUUGGACAAGGAACGAGAUGAGACUGAGCAAACUGCUGGGGAUGACGAUGAUGAUAGUGAUAGCGAACUUGAAGUAUCAGAUGUUGACACUGAUGACGUUGAUACUGAUGAGGAUGAUGAGCCGAGUGUCAAAAAGAGGAAAGUUGAAACAAAAGCGCAGAAAUCGAAUGAGCAAAAAGGCGAAGACGAAGAAGAAGAGAAUGAGGAGGAUGUAGAUGAUGAAGAGGGAUGGGAGGAGUGCUCUGAUGAGGAAGACGAAGGAGAAGAUGUCUCGGAUGAAGAGCUAGAAGACGAGGACGAGGAGGAAGAACAAACUGAAGAGCAGCAGAAUACAUCGUCGAGUUCCGCGAAAAAAGAUGAUGAGGAAGAAAUUGAUCCGAAAAAGAAGGCUGAAAUCAUUUGUACUGAUCGAAUUCUGACUCAGGAAGAGUUUAAAUCGAUUCGUGCCUAUCAAUUGAAGAAGCAAUUGAUUGGAGAGAAGCGCUUGAAAAAGCAGAUGGGCAAGGCGAGAACGAAUGCCGAUGAGAGGAUAAUUGAAGAAAUGAGCGAGAAGCUCGAAGCAAAGAAGAGCUCGGAUGGAUUGGCGAAGUUGAGUGAUAUUGAGCAAUUCCAUAAGAAGAAGCGACAAACGAAAGAGGAGAGAAUGGCCGACAUUGCGGCUGGAAGAGCUGAUGAGGACUAUAAGUUUGGAAGACCCAAGAAGAAUGGUCCUCAUGUUGGAAAAACGAAUGAAGCGAAUUCGAAGAAGAAAGUGUUCGCUAUGGUGCGCAAUAAAAAGCGUGGUGAUAAUCGUCAGCGUUCGUUCCGAGACCAGCAGAAAUCGCUGCGAAACUAUUUACUUCGUCAAUCUGGUCGGAAACCCAAAUAA